AUGUCCUCUCAGGAUGGAGGCACGGACAUUGGAGAGCUAUCCUCAACACAACAGGAAGCUCUUCAGACUUAUAUGAACGUGACUGGCCAGGAACCCGAUGCUGCAAUCCCAUUGUUGCAACGAUCACAAUGGAACGUCCAGAUUGCAAUCUCCAAAUUCUUCGACGGCGAAGGUCCCGACCCCGUCGAAGAAGCCCGCGCCGCUCUGAAUGCACCACAAGACAUCCGACGGACCCAAAACCUCAUGUACGACAUUGACGAUCUGCCUCCGCGCGCAUCUUCCACAUCGUCAUCAUCACGGGCUGCCGGACUCGAGCCUGCUCCUCGCAUUGAGACUCAACCGGAGGAUCAACCGGCGUUUCGGCCACCAUUCAUACUCAGCCUUCUCUUCUCUCCUCUCAAUCUCUUAUAUCGCCUCCUAUACAAUUCGUUCCGGCUAUUUGGGACGUUGUUCCCUUUCCUGCCACGAUGGCUGAACGUCACGACGGGUUCGUCUCCGCUGCAACGAAAUCUGAAUACGAGUGGUCGAAGAGCAUUGGCACCCAAGGAUACCGCGGCCAGAUUUAUACGGGAAUUCGAGGAAGAAUACGGCAGCCACUCCCUCCCCUUUCUUGAGAAUGGAUACAACAUGGCAUUAGAAAAGGCGCAUCAAGAGCUAAAGUUUCUCGUCGUUGUGCUCCUGUCACCUGAACACGAUGACAUGAACGGCUGGGUCAAAGAAACUUUACUCUCAAGACAAGUCGUCGAAUACAUCAACGACCCAAACAACCAGAUCCUCCUAUGGGGUGGCAACGUGCAAGAUUCAGAGGCAUACCAAGUGGCCAAUUCCCUCCGCUGUACCAAGUUCCCCUUUGCCUCUGUGAUUGUGCACACACCCAAUGUCGGGGCAACCGCCAUGUCAAACAUUGGCCGAAUACCAGGCAAUACUAACCCCUCCGAAUUUUUAACGAAAUUGCGAACAGCAAUCUCCCAAAAUAAAGAACCCCUGGACCGCGUCCGGGCCCGUCGCGCAGAGCAACAGGCCUCUCGCACACUGCGUCAAGAGCAAGACUCAGCAUACGAGCGCUCCCUAGCGCAGGACCGUGAACGCGCCCGCCAAAGACGAGAAGCGGAAGCCGCCCGACUACGUGCCGAGGAAGAAGAAGCAGCCCGUCUAGCGGUGGAGGAGAAACGAGCCACUGAUUUGAAGCAGUGGAAACAGUGGCGUUCUCAAAAUCUGGCGCGGGAACCCGAGGGUCCAGACGCAAUCCGUGUCAGUAUACGACUCCCCUCUGGCGAGCGCGUGAUUCGCAAAUUUGCUCCAGACGCAGAUCUAGAAGAAGUAUAUGCUUUUGUAGAGUGCUAUGAAGUCCUGACCGCCGCCACCGACGAAGAUCAGGAGGAGCAAGAAUCUGAAAAACCAGUCUCACAGCCAGCCGGAUUUGAGCAUAAAUAUGGAUUCCGACUUGUCUCACCCAUGCCCAGAACGAUCUACGAAGUUGAGGCUGGUGGCUCAGUGAAAGAGCGGAUCGGUCGUGGGGGGAAUUUGUUAGUUGAGAUGAUUGAAGAAGAAGAAGAUGAAGAUUCGGAAGGAGAAGAGGGAAAUGUGAAUAAUAAUGAAAGUUUAUAG